CAAACAGCAGAAAGCACAGAUCCAUGAGAGCCAUGAUUCGACUUCUGCUGCUUUUGGGGUUUUUCAGCCUUGGUGUCUGUUCUCCUCGUCAGUAUCAGUUCAUUAAUGAGAAUAAGACCUGGUCUGAAGCACAGAGAUACUGCAGAGAGAACUAUGUUGAUUUAGCCUCUAUUAAUAACACUGAAGAGGACUUGGCCCUUACAAACAUAAUAGACAUCUGGAACAGCAGGCGAACCUGGAUUGGACUGUAUGAUGAUCUGAACAGCUGGAAAUGGUCUCUGGAUGAUGAUUCUUUCUACAAGGAGGGAGAGAGAAGCUUUAGAAACUGGUUUAUACAGAAGCCAAGAGGCUGGUAUGAAAUGAGUUUGUGUGUGUAUUUAUCUUAUUAUGAUGGAUCUUGGUGGGAGACAUCUUGUUCCUCAAAGUUUUAUUUCGUUUGCUUUGAUGGCAGAGUGAAUGCCAGUGAAAGAUAUGUCCCGGUUUAUCAGAGAAUGGGCUGGACUGAAGCUCAGAGAUACUGCAGACAACAUUACACAGACCUGGCCAGCGUGAGGAACGACACUGAGAACCAGAAGAUUAGAUCAAUGUUUAAUAGUACAGAUUAUUCAGAUCUUUGGAUCGGCCUGUACAGAACCAUGUCUUGGUCAGAUAAAAGCAACUCUUCAUUCAGCAACUGGAAACCUGGACAACCAAAUGGUUAUGGACAGACUAAAACCUGUACUGCGGUGUCAAUUAAUUAUAAUGAUGAUUAUUUCUUUUAUUCUGAUCAUUAUUAUUAUGGGAAAUGGACUGAUGAAAACUGUGGUGGUGCUUUUCCAUUCUUCUGUUACAGCACAAUGCUACCAUUACACUCUCAUCAGUAUCACUUCAUUAAUGAGAAUAAGACCUGGACUGAAGCACAGAGAUACUGCAGAGAGAAUUACACUGACCUGGCUACUAUUGAUAACAUGGAGGAAAUGAACACACUCCUUAACACAGUAAAUGGCAGCUACUCAGGUUUAGCCUGGAUUGGACUGUAUGGUGAUGAGGACAGCUGGAGAUGGUCUCUGGAUGAUGAUGCUUUCUACCAGGAAGGAGAGAGAGACUUCAGAGGAUGGCCCCAUCAACCUGAUAACUAUAAUGGAAAUGAGAUGUGUGUUUAUGUUACAUCUGAUGGAACCUGGUCUGAUGGAAACUGUUACAAUUAUUUUCAAUUUGUUUGCUCUGAUGGAUGGAAUGGAACAAAAAAUUUCACAUUGAUUAAUCAGCCCAUGUCUUGGACACAGGCUCAGCAUUACUGCAGAGUGUAUUAUACAGACCUGGCCAGUGUGAGGAACCAAGCAGAUAAUGAACAAAUCCUUAAUCUCACAGGUGGCUUUAACACUUGGAUUGGUCUAUACAGAACCAGACUCUGGUCAGACAAACAGGAAUAUGUGUAUGAAAACUGGAGACCAGCCAUUCAGUUUAUACCUGCACAGCCAGAUAAUGGUGCAAAUGUUUAUUGGGAAUAUGGUUUUCAGCACUGCACUGCUGUAUCUCUCACAGAUUCAGGCUACUGGACAGAUGAGAGCUGCAUAACCACAAUCCCUUUUUUCUGCUAUGAGAAAUCCUGCACAGCAUCCUCAUGUUCCCUCUACCAGUAUCACUUUAUAAAUCAGAAUAAGACCUGGACUGAUGCACAGAGAUACUGUCGAGACAAAUACACUGACUUGGCCACCAUUAACAGUAUAGAAGAUGUGACAAGACUCCUUAAUACAGCCACAGCAUAUGACAUCUACUCAGGUUUAGCCUGGAUUGGACUGUAUGAUGAUCUAAAGAGCUGGAAAUGGUCUCUGGGUGAUGAUUCUUUCUACAAGAAUGGAGAGAGAAACUUUACAAACUGGUAUAUAAACAAACCAACGAACUGGUAUGGGAACAGAUUAUGUGUAGUUUUUUCGAGUUACUCUACACAAUGGAGUGAGCAGCCUUGCAAUUUUGAACUGCCAUUUAUUUGUUUUGAUGUUAUAUAUAUAUUGCAUCCAUCUCUUUUAGGUAGAGUGAAUGCCAGUCAAAGCUAUGUUUUGGUUAAACAGAACAUGAACUGGACUGAAGCUCAGAGAUACUGCAGAGAACAUUACACAGAUCUGGUCAGCGUGAGGAAUGAGACAGAGAAUUACAGGAUCAGAUUAUUAUUAAGUCAAUCUGAUUACAAUAAUUAUUAUUAUUAUUAUUAUUAUUAUUAUCAUUCUUAUUCUUAUUACCUUGUUUGGAUCGGCCUGUACAGAACCAGGUCUUGGUCAGAUCAAAGCAACUCUUCUUUCAGCAACUGGAAACUUGGACAACCAGAUAAUUAUGCACAGAAUGAAUACUGUACUGCUGUGUCAUUUACUGAUUCUGGGAAAUGGACAGAUGAAAAUUGUAGUAAAGGUUUUCCAUUCCUCUGUUACAGCACAAUGUCCUCAAACCUUUCUCAUCUGUAUCACUUUGUUAAUGAGAAUAAGACCUGGACUGAAGCACAGAGAUACUGCAGAGAGAAUUACACUGACCUGGCUACUAUUGAUAACAUGGAGGAAAUGAACACACUCCUUAACACAGUAAAUGGCAGCUACUCAGGUUUAGCCUGGAUUGGACUGUAUGAUGAUCUGAACAGUUGGAGAUGGUCUCUGGAUGAUGAUGCUUUUUACCAGGGGGGAGAGAGAGACUUCAGAGGAUGGUACCAUCAACCUGAUAACUCUAAUGGAAACGAGAUGUGUGUUUCCAUGAACAACAAAGGGGAAUGGUUUGACAAGUCUUGUAAUGACAGAAAUCUAUUUGUUUGUUAUAAUGGUAAGAAUGAUAAACUAUGUGUGUGGGAAAAUUUGUGCAGUGUUAAAAGUUGCUAUUAUAGCUGAUAUUGGCUUAUGAAUAUUAAUAAUAACAUAUAAUUUGCCUAUAGGUGACUAUCACAAUGUUUUCAAUCUUAGGUACA